AUGUAUCCUAUUGAGCGAUAUCUUUGUAAAUUGAAAAACUAUGUCCGUAAUAGGUCUAGACCCGAAGGUUCAAUUGCAGAAGGCUAUUUGGCAGAGGAGUGCGUUACAUUCUGUUCAAGAUUUUUGGGUGGUGAACCAUUAAAUGAUUUUUCAAAAUGUCCAACAAAUGCGGAAUAUCAUAUUGGAGGCAGAAAGAAUAAAGAUGGCAAAGUUAUUCAUCUAGCAGAUUCAGUUUGGAAAGCUUGUCAUACUUACAUCCUUGUCAAUUGCGGUAAUAAGGAAAUUGAGGGAUCACCGUGCGUUAGUGGAAGCUCAUUUUUAAAUUUGCACAGGAUGGACGAGAAACUGAUAACUAUAGUACUGCACUAUGAUGGAAUCUUCAGGAGAAGUGGAUUUUCCCCUGGAAAGACCUUGCCAGUAGCGAAAGUACCAACCGAAGAAUUUUCUUAUUCAGUUCUUAUGGAAUACGUCAAGGAUUAUUUGCAUUUGACGGAAAUUGGAGGGGUAUAUACGAGAGAUGGCAAUAGUUGGAGGCUUUUGACCAAAGAUAAAGAACUGCUAGAGCUUGUUGAUCGAUGCGAAAAUGAUGGAGAGAUGGAUCUCUAUGUGGACACUGUGGUACCAGCACAAACAACACCAACAAAGAAUCCUUACGAGGAAAGGAGAAACAAGCAAGUGCUCGAAAACAGAGAAAAGUUUAAAGAACUUGGCUUGGAUAAAUUUUUGCCUAAUCCUAAUCCACCAGCAGUAAAGAUAAACAAGGAAAAAGAUAAAGUCCAAGAGGAAUCAGAUGAAUAUAUCUUGGAAAAUGAGAGCGAGGAAGAAGAUAGUGAAGAUUCAUCAAAGUCUCCGAAGAAAAAGAAAAUACCACCUGGCCCCAGGUUCCGUUCCCGAGCAAAUGAUGCGAAUUUAUGUGAGAAGGAUCCCUUGCAUGCUACGCGCAAAAAAGCAAGUAAAAAGGUCCCUGCCAAGGAGGGAGUUGAAAGUUCAACUGCUCCAAAGCUUCUAAAUCCGACAUGUAGUAAACUGUUAAAACAGUGUGGUGAUAUUCAAAGUGGUUUUAUUGCUGCCUAUGUCGCAUUGUGCGAACGUCAAAAGCAAAAUCUGGAACUUGACCCAAGGAUUGAGGAUGCUGGUGAAUCAAGUUUACCAAAUGAAGUUGAAGAAAGCGAACCAGGUAAUCAAGGUGGAGGUUAUCAAGUAGUUGCAGAGACGUCUCGACCUGUAUUAUUUAGGGGCCGCUGUUUCUCGAGCUGCAAAUUCUCCCUCAGCACACCCUUCUUCCCAAUGGAUAGUUUCCUAAAAAAGCGUGGCCGGCCGAAGCUGUGCCUCACCAAAGAGGUUGUGGAGGAGCGUAGGGCGCUGAAGCGAUUGCAGAAUGCCGCUCAUCGUGGGUCAGGUUCUAAGAGAGUCCUUGCUUUUUGUGAUUCCUGCAUUUGGAGGUGUGGUCUCUUGGGAGGGUGAAGGAGCUCCAUAUAAGGAAACGGAUCAGGGCAUCACUUACCAGAUAGAAGUGCUAUGAAAAGCAGGCAGAAGAUCGUAAAGAAAAUUCCCUUCAUUGAGUCAAGAAUGGUGUCAAAGCCGGAGGGAAUUUGAUGCUGAAAGAUCUGUGAUUGAUGAUUGUUCCAUUGCUAACCAAAUUGAAAAAGUCAUACCUGAUGCGCCCAGUCCUGAUGGUGCUGAUGCAUCAAAAUGGAAGGCCAAUGUCUCCCGGAACACUGGCUUUGAUGUGUGAUGAACAAGAGAUUGUGUUUGCUGCUUCCCAAAGUGGGUGUUUGGGCAAUGGUGGUAAUGCAUCCUCUCAGUUGCCACAAGGCGAAAGCGUAACAGAAACCUAUGUUGAAUAAGAAAGAAUUAUCUUCACAAAGUUUCGAGAUUGUUUGAACAAACUCAUCACCUUAGGGUAAAUAAAAGGCCAUCUGUAUAAAGCGUAAGAAAGCUUAUCACCAUUCUUUGGGGUCCUUGGAAGGCAAGCAUCUAGAAAUACAUGUGUUUCCUUUGACAGCAGCAGGUGGUAAAGCCAAUCAUGAUCAGUGGAUUAACACAAUGAUGAAAUUUGAGGCAGCAAGUGGAAAUUAUAUUGACAAAGAGGCAGCUAAGAACUUUGUAGCAGAACAUCUGUCAAACCAACAGGUUGCCCGUGACGUGGGAACUGAUGUUGCAGUAGAUUCUUCUUGAAGAGAAAACUGUAGUAUACAAUAUCUUUUCUGUUAGUGACAUUGACGAUAAGGUUACUAGGACUUUUGAAAAUGAAGUACUUCGAGUGCCAGGAACUUUGGGGAGAAAACAUUGCUUCUCAUUCUGCUUGACACUGGACGAAGGCAAAGACCAACAUGUUUCUAAUCAUAAUCACGAAGUUUAUCAUACUACAGACCUUAAUUUCCUUCAUUUUGCUGACUGAAUUGACAGAGGGAUACCCAUAAAGGAGGUUUCACGGGAGGAAGAUUACUGGAAAUUUAUUUCACUCCUUGUCAGUUGGGCGGAAAAUUAACAAGCGCUGCUAUCUCGACUAACCACAUUUAACCGAAUUGAUGUUCCAGCUUCAUCUGAUCCUCUAAAUGGUAGUGCAAUUUAUUGAUAGUAUAUUGGCUCAAAUGGUUACCUCGCUACGGAAGUCAUUCAACUAAAAAAAUUGUGUGGCCCUUGGCAUGAAGUUGAUAGCAUAAAGGAAGUUUCAGAGCCUGAGUUGUGCGAAUAUAAUGAAGCUGUGAACUUGACUGGUGAUAUUGAUAUGCCAGCUGGUCAGGCAAUUCUUCACACCUCUUUGUCAUCGUUUUUUGUUCUAUCAUCAAGUGCCAUCUUGCGUUUUCACUAGUUCUUUAAGCUCGGAAAUUUCCGCCUCAUGCGUACGUGCUGUGCCAUUGAUCAAAGAAACUGCAACGUUAAAGAGUCUGGUUCGGCAGCUUGUGACUUCUUCUGCAGUCUUGCAUGCGUUCAUUAGGCGUAGAAUGCCCUUUUUGUGAAAUAAACUCGAUAUGAGGUGUGCCAUGUCAGCGGUAUCAGCCGGAAAGAACGGCCUGAAUGGACACUCGGUCUUACAAACGCGGCUGGCCCCUUUACAGGCUCCACAUUUGUCCACUGCCACUGCAGCAGGAUCAGUGAGAUCAGCUCCGGUGGUGUCUGUUGUCAUCUCUACUGCUGUGCACAACAACUGCAAGUUAUUUGGGGAGUUGGCACCCAUUUAACAAUCCAAGGGAAUUAGACUGAUGCACAUAAUUAAUUACAGUAGUUAAAGUCUUGAAAAUACACAGAAAUCACCAUUCGUGCAUGUAAACUUAUUGUAUCCAUUACCAUUAGCAAUCCAACAAUAUACACACAAAUCACCUACGUUGUGUUUAUUAA